GAUGGGGAGGAAUGACAGUGGCGCUCGCUCUUCACGGAGCCUGCUGACAGCAAAGGGGGGUCUCGGCCUAGCAGCGAUCUCCUACGUCUCGAUCGACUACCUCCGAUACUUGUCCCCCUCAUGGCACCAGCGUCUGCAGCCCGCCCUCUGGAUCGUGCUCGCCCUCGCCGCCUUUUCACGUGUACCGUUCUACCGCAAUUGGACGGUGGAGCUCCGUGCAGCAAUUCCCUUUAUCGCUUCCAUUAUCGUCAUGCUCUCCGCUUUUCUCUUUGAAGCCCUCUCCGUUAGGUUCUCAACCGCCGUGCUCGGCCUUGAUUGGCACAUGUAAUGAAGGUUUCAUUGA